GGGAGUCACAUGGGAGGCAGUCAGGCUGCUGUCACAUGGCUUGUGUUUGCAGGUUAAAACCAAGGAGGAGGGGUUCACAGAGAAGUUUGUGUAAAAGGAACAACUGCAGCCUUUUUCAUGUGGCCUGUCAACAAGCUGAAACACUGAAUCGGAUCAAGGAGGAGCUGCUCUGACCAAAACAGCUUGAAAAUGGAAAUCCCUGCUAUAAACCUAAAGGCCAUCGUGCUGGUCCACUGGCUGCUCACAGUCUGGGGGUGCAUGGCAGGUCUGCCGAUAUCCUACGCCUUGGGGAACUUGAGUGUUUUAGCAGUUGGCGUGUGGGCGAUCGCACAGAGGGACUCGAUUGAUGCUGUUCUCCUGUUCCUUAUGGGGAUGAUGCUGACGAUACUGAGCGACAUCAUCCAGUUCUCCAUCUUUUACCCCGUCGUUGUAUUUCAGGGGGUAGUUCGUUUCAGCGCAGGGAUGGCCAUCCUCAGCCUGCUGCUUAAACCCGUUUCCUGUUUCUUUGUCUACCAAAUGUACCGCGAACGAGGCGGAGAUUACAACGUCAACUUCGGCUUCCCCUCUGUCACACGGAACAGAGACACCUAUCAGUCCAUCGACCAGCAGGAGGGGUCCUCCAGUCCUGCAAACCCCUUCAACCAGGCCCAGGACGGCAAGCCGGGGGUCCGCGCCUACUGAGCCCAGCGGGACUUUAACAAUACAGUCCAGCUCUGUCAGUCCAGAGCACCGUCACAGCCAGAGCUCAGACAAAUACAAGCUUUUACUUUGGUAAACGAACAUCUGUUUGGGUUUCACUGUUAAAAUAAAGACGAGUGUUGCUGAGCUGGCCUGAGAACUGUUACCUUCUCCCACACCAUUAACACCUGCUUAUUUUAGCAGACAGGUGUUAAACGGAGGUGUUCUGUUCAGUCAGGUAAAACAAAAAGCUGUGGCACUUAUGGAGGUUCAAAGUGGAGUUUUUGUAAUUAAGAGCAGCUUUUUUGAGUUACUGAACCGCUCAGAAACGCUGUUCCCUUUUUUUUAUUUUAUUUUUUUGUGCAUUAAACAAAACCUUUAACUGAACAAGAUAGAGAUAAGCUUCUUUACAGUUUAUUUAUGUUUAUCAUAAAAAAUGAAUAUUCUAUCAAUGCUGUCAUCAUAAGCAAAAACUAGUGUUUUCAUACAAUAAUGUCCACUAAUCCAGUCCAAGUGAAAGUUAUGUUUCCUCCAACCUGUAAGCAAGAUGUUACUAAACUUGUCCGUGUGAAUUCAGUUUAUUUUAGAACUCCGAUUAAUUUCUACCAGAGCCUCUGAUUUCUGCUGAUGUUGUUAAAGGACCAAUUUAAAUGGAAAUGUUAAGUUGCAAGGAGUCUUUUCACACAAAAAUCAUGUUUUUUCACUUGAGAUGUGCAAAUUUUGAAGCCGUAUUGUAAAAGAAAAAAAAAAGUGGAGAAACGAUGUUACAGUUGUUCUUACUGGGUGAUUGCACCACUAACAUAAAAAAAGGUUUAUCUUUUUGAAAUCCUGAUCAUUUCUGCCACCAGACGAUGUGAAAACCAUGUAGGUCACAUUAUGUGAAGUUUUCCCUGCUGUAUUAAACUGAAUUGUUACUAAGAAGUGCCUUGUUACGUGUUACAAAGACUCUGUGCACGUUUUAUGUGAUAACGUCAAAGAAACGUGACGUGCAGCUGAUAUGAUGUUUAGGAAACGGCUGUUCUGAACCACCUGAAGGAUUUACCUGCUUUAUAUUUUGAUUCUACAGGUAAAAAUAAUAAUAAAUUCUGGGUAAAAUGUGUAAUUUGAUCUGGUCUUUUAAAAAAGAUUCAAAUUGAAACGUAGCAAACCGUAUUUUUUUUAUUUUCUUCUACAUCGUCAGGAUGUUGGGUUUUCGUUUGGAACUUUUUGCAACUUUUUUUGUUUUUUCUUCAUAAAUAAAAUGUGUCAAACAGUU